CCUAGGCCUACACGGUCAUUAAUGGUUCUGGAAUCGAAUAUCGAUCCUAAAAAUUGUGGAGAAAUUUAACAUAUUUUAUACACCGUUAAAACGUAUGAUCAGCGAUGGAUAAACCUAAGAGAAGCAAUCGAGUAAAAUCAGAGAGCAGUGAAGACGAAGACGAUUUCGAAAGUGCCGAUGAAGGCGAAGAAAGUCGACAAAAUCCUCGACCGCCAUCUUUAGCCACGUCAGCUGACGAUGGGAAAAAUUCCACGUCAAAAAGUCAAGUAACUAAGGAGAAAACAGGACAAAAAACACAAGAAAUGGCUGCUCCAGAAACUUUUUCUUCUUUACCUUCAGAUAAAUCGGAGGAAAUUGAGAAAACGGAAGGGGAUACCUCGAAUAGUAGUGAAUCUUGUCCGACGGGUGUUGAUCAAGGGGUUGACAUGAGGAGCUCGAAGUCUGCAGACUUGGAAGGAGAUCUAUCUCAUUCUGACCUUCAAGAACAAAAACCAGAAGGAAACGAAGAUUCAAAGCCUUCUGGAGAUGGCUCCGUUGCGCAAGAUGUGAGUGAUGAUGAUGAAAUACAGUUUAAAAUCGACUCAGAGAAGCCAAAUGUGGACACUAGUGAGUUAGAGAAGACACAGGUAGACAAGACACUCGAAGUACACAAAGAAAGUACUCAUCAAGAAGACGACAAUGAAGACUUUCAAAAUAUUAAAGUAGAAGAAGAAAAGGGAAGUUCCAUUGAAAAGAAAGAAGAUAGUAACGCUGAAGAAAAGUCGAAAGAAAAUGCCCCAGAUGAAAGGCAAGCUAAUGUUGAGGAUUCUGCUAAAGUUGACAAAAUUUCGUCGGAGAAGUCUGCAGAAGCAGUUGGUGAAAGUGUCAAGCCUCCACCAAAAGAGGGUGCUGAACCUCAUUGUGAAGAUGUAUGGGGGUGGGGUGGUUGGGGAACCAUGUUGUCCUCAGUGUCAUCAGGAUUGUCUUCUGUCAUUGAGAAGGUAGAGACAUCACUUGGGAUCCCUGAACCAGAGGUAAUGGCUAAAAAAAUAACUGAAGAUGAGAAGCAGGCCAAAGAAAACCAGCCAGAAAAGGUUAUUGAAACUGAACCAACAACAGAAUCUCCACCAGAGGGACCAACACCAGAGAGUAUUGAACAAGCUAGAGGUGAGGAGGAAGAUAGCUCGUAUUUUGCAGGGUUUGGUGUGCGAGGUCUGACUGAUGUUGUUUCUGAAGGCCUUGGUGCAUUGGAGUACAUCGGCAAGAAGACCAUGGAUGUGAUAUCAGAGGGAGACCCCGGUCUGAGGAGCAGGAGAGAAGUUCUAAUGCCUAAAGAACCAACUUUAUCCCAGAUGCUUCGUGAAGCAAAGGAAGAAGCAGAAUACAAAGCCUCCCAUCCCGACCACAAGGAAGCCAUAGUUAAUUUCAGUACAGAAUUUGAUAAGUUCCAGGGACUAGCACAUCUAGAAGCACUGGAGAUCCUGUCCAAGGAUAGUCUUUCCAAGGUUGAGGCGCACUUUAUCGAUUUGUCAAGCGAAGAUUUAAAGUCUGUAAAACCUUUGCUGCGAACAAUUCAAGAGGUCGUAAAAUUUACUGAGGAUGAAGAAGAAAAUGACGACGACGAAGAACAAGACUUUGAGAGUGAACUUUCGGAGUUCCUCAAGGAUCUUAACCUGACCCACAUACCGAACAAGACAAAAGAUGUUGACAAGAGAGUUAGAGAAUGGAUUGAUGCAUGCAUCACUGAGCAAAACGACGAUCCUCUAAGUAAAGACCACUUAGAAAUAUUUACUGCGGGCAUUUCUGCGCUAGCUGAGCUUACAGCCACCACAAUCGAACAGUUCCACAAGAUUGCUGAAGUGCUGCUUCUGUUAGCAGAAAACACGGACACUUCUGCGCUUGUUCGCGCUCAAAGUCUUAAGAAGUUAACAGUGUGUGUAAGUAGAGAGAUAUCGAACCUCUCCAGUAAGUUCGCAGGUUGUUUGAGUACCGUGUCGAAGGAAUCCCAAGAUCCUGAAGCUAUUGAAUCUUUGAUCACGACUCUGUAUCUGGAAUCAAGUGAUAGCAGUCGUUAUCUACAGCAUGCUCUAAAACUGUUAUGUCCUGUCCUUCAGCAUUCAUCUCUAACAGAGAAUACAAGUGCAGGGAAAGUUUAAGAUAGUUAAGUUUAAUAUAAAGAUAUAGAUUACGUUAGAUGUUUAGUAUGUGUAAUAGGACUACAUGCUGUCCAAUUUGGAAAUAAUUGAAUGAAAAAAAUUCCGAGGACUGACAAAAUUGGAAGAGGUUGAUAAUCCGAGUCCAAUUUGGCAGUCACAGGAAUUUUUGAAUUCAAUUACUUUUAAAUUGGAGAGACAUGUAGUUCUAUUGCAGAUUAAUUAUAUCAUCCCAAACUAUACUAGACUGAUUCCCUAAGUCAUAGUUUUCCUCGAAAGAAUGCGAAUGGAAACGAUCCAAAAUAAUCUUUAAUUUGGACAGGAAAGAGAAUUUGAAAAUAAUACAAUAGUUGCUUAUAUGGGAUUAUAGAGUGAUGAUACAAUUACAGUGAGCACUAAUAUAAGCAUUGUUUCAGUAAUGCGUCGUAUAUAUACUUUUUGUAUUAUCAUUUUCUACGUGAAAAAGCUUAAGAACUUAUAGAAAUAAAAUGCGUUUCAGUUA